ACUGUGGACACGAGCUGUCGUGGCUGCAAGUACACCAGACCUCUCCGGAAUCAUGCCGUGUCGCGUUGCCUCGUCAUGCUUCUCCUAUUCUGGAUCCGUCACACUGCAACAAACAUUCUGCAACAAACAUUCCACGGUCUAGGCAUCGUAUGGAGCAGAUGACUACUCUUCACAAGGACCGUGAGUAUCACUAAGGUGAUAAUGCAGCUAUCGAAGUCAGCGGCUUUGGGAGGGUGUGAAGAGUACUGAUGACUGUAGCACGAAGUUCAUAUGGAAUACGAGCAAUCAUGGAGACCCACUGGAUCAUUAUCGCAUCUGCAUUUUUCUUGGUCUCGGAGUUCCGGAUCCACCAAAACAGCAUUGGCAUUGUCUCCUUUCAAAUCAAAUAUCAAAAGCCACGGUCGGUCAAAUAUACCGUAUUUAUCGGGGCAAUUGUUACAAUUCUUUCGUGUCGAACCUUCCAAAGGUUCGCCAGGUAAGCAAUGUUCUCUAUAAUUCCGCCACAGCUCUUCUGGUCAGAAAAGUCUCAGCGGACAAGCGGCGCCAACCUCUCGUUUUCAAUACGACACAACUUGAUACGAGCUUCGCGCAGACCCAAAUUCUGCAUCCUUGGUGUUGAUCGAAAGAGAGGCGGCUGAUUGGCAAAGCCUGAGGGCCUUUUGUGGGUUUGAAUACCUCCCUACAUUCCUUCCCUUUUCUUUUCACCAUAACCUGGCAGUUCUUCCUCUCAUCAGCAUGCAACGAUAGCACAAAUUCAACAUGAGGGUACUUCUUGCAGCAUCUGCUGUGCUUUUAUCAGUACUUACCCCGCCGUCUGCAGGUAUCUUCUUGAAUGUCACUGAUGAUGGUAUGCCCCGCCACUGCGCACUGCUACGAAUCCUUUCACUGACAUGAUCCAGCGUCAAUUCGUGAAGCAGCCAGUACCAUCGCCUAUGGGAUGGUGAAAUACUACGACGGCAACGUUACGAACAAUCCAUGGACGAUAGCAGUUCUGCCAAAGCCAUACUAUUGGUGGCAAGCGGGUGCUAUGUGGGGAUUACUCCUCGAUUACUUCCAUUACACGGGCGACGAUUCCUAUAAUAAUAUUACGACCCAGGCUCUGCUGUCACAAGUUGGUCCGGAAUUUGAUUACAUGAAUCCUAUAUACAAUCUGAGCGAGGGGAACGACGAUCAAGCUUUCUGGGGUUUCGCAACAAUGUCUGCUGCGGAGAAAGACUAUCCCCAACCAACGAUCGGCAAUUACUCCUGGGUAGAGCUCACGGAAAAUCUAUGGAAUACACAAGUGCGACGCUGGAAUAUGGAGUCCUGCGGGGGCGGCUUGAAGUGGCAGAUUUUCGACUUUAACAAAGGGUAUGACUACAAGAACUCGAUAUCAAACGGCGCAUUUUUCCAGCUUUCUGCUCGACUUGCAAGGUUCACUGGAAAUCAGACAUAUGUCGACUGGGCACACAAGGUUUACGACUGGACUAGGGAUAUUGGUCUCAUCACUGACGACUAUCGGGUGUUUGACGGUACCGACGACCUGAAGAAUUGUUCAGACACAAACAAAAUAAUCUGGACCUACAACACGGCUGUUUUCAUGUACGGAAGCGCUGUGCUGUAUAACUAUACAAAUGGAUCAUCUCUCUGGGCGGAGCGUACGCAGGGAUAUCUGAAUGCUUCAGCGGGAUUUUUCAGUCCUUACGCCAAUUCGACGAAUAUCAUGUACGAGCCAGCUUGCGAGACAGUCAACACAUGCAACACCGAUCAGUUCUCUUUUAAAGGCUACCUUUCGCGAUUUAUGUGGGCGACCGCACUUGUUGCUCCCUUUACAGCCGAAGCCAUAACGACAUACUUGACAGCAUCAUCCCUAGCCGCGGCCAACAGCUGCACUGGCGGGACUGAUGGGGUCACCUGUGGAGCAAGAUGGUACGUACCUGGUUGGGAUGGGAAGCUUGGUGUUGGGCAGCAAAUGAGUGCUCUGGAGACAAUUCAAGGUCUCCUAAGCAGCAAGAGUGUCCCCCCCAUGCAUGGUAACAGUGUCCACUUGAAGACAUUACCCUCAGAGACGCCAGCCGCAGCUCCUUUACCAACAAAGACGGAGACUGCAAGUCCGACGACUUCCAAGAAGAGCGAUGCAGUCAGCUUUAGACUAUUGGAGAGGCGUGUGUGGGUCAUGGCCGCUAUUUCCCUUGGUGUUGGUUUAUUGGGAGUCUUUUAGAUGGUUGCUAGAUGGAUGACUACACUCGACGAUCGCAUUAGAGAGGCGUUUUGGGCACUGCCGGAUACACAAUACCACUUGAAGCGUUUAUAUAGUAGAUUAGACAUAGAAUGAUGAUCGUCCCA